AUGUCAAGUGUCGUGGGUCUGGAUAUCGGAAAUAUCAGCAGUAAAAUCGGUGUCGCGCGUGCGCGUGGCGUCGACAUUGUAACGAAUGAAGUUAGCAAUCGCAGCACUCCAUCUCUAGUCUCGUUUGGUCAGAAGGCUCGUGCGCUCGGUGAAGGCGCUGCCAACGCACAGACAUCCAACUUCAAGAACACGGUUGGCUCGCUUAAGCGACUGAUUGGUCGCACGUUCCAGGAUGAGUCCAUUCAGCAAUUUGAAAAGCCUUUUGUGAAUGCCGAGCUUGUGGAUGCCAAGGGCGAGGUGGGUGUGAAGGUGCGCUUCCAAGGUGAGGAGCAUAUUUUCUCUGCCACACAGUUGCUGGGCAUGUACCUCGGCAAGCUGCGUGACACCACACAGCGUGAGCUUGGCGGUUCAGGCGUCAGCGAUGUUGUGCUCUCCGUGCCAAUUUGGUUCACCGACGCGCAACGUCGUGCUAUGCUCAACGCCGCUGAGAUCGCCAACUUGAACCCUCUGCGUGUGAUGAACGAGCCUACAGCUGCGGCCUUGGGCUAUGGUAUCACAAAGACAGACUUGCCAGAGCCUGAAAACCCGCGCAAUGUCAUCUUUGUUGACAUUGGUCAUUCGAGCUACCAGGUCUCAGUUGUGGCAUUCUGCAAAGGACAGCUUACUGUGCUUGGUGCGUGGGCCGACCCGAACUUUGGUGGCCGCAACUUUGACCGUGCUUUGAUGGAGCACUUUGCUAAAGAAUUCAACGAUAAGUACAAGAUUGAUGUAUUAUCGAACCCUAAAUCGACGUUCCGCUUGGCGGCCGGAUGUGAGCGUCUCAAGAAGGUCCUGUCAGCCAACACGUUUGCUCAACUCAAUGUUGAAAGUCUAAUGAGUGACAUCGAUGCUGCCUCGCAGCUCAAACGUGAGGAGUUCGAAAACCUUAUUGCACCAUACCUCGAGCGUGUGCACGAACCCCUCGAUGCUGCUCUGUCUCAGUCCGGAUUGACGAAGGAUGAGAUUUUCAGCAUCGAGCUAGUGGGUGGUAGCUCACGUGUCCCUGCUUUGAAGGAACGUAUUUCACAAUGGUUCGGCAGGCCUCUGUCGUAUACACUGAAUCAGGAUGAAGCUAACGUGCGUGGUUGCACGUUGGCCUGCGCUACGCUCUCCCCAGUGUUCCGCGUGCGUGAAUUUUCCGUGCAUGACAUUUCGUCGUACCCGAUUAAGGUGUCGUGGGAGCCGGCACCAGAUGUGCCGGACGAAGAGAACGAACUUGUCGUGUUCAACACAAACAACCCUGUGCCGUCAACGAAGAUCCUUACGUUCUACCGCAAGGAGCCCUUCACGCUGGACGCUGCAUACUGCAACCCGGAGACGUUGCCCAAGGGCACGAACCCAUGGCUCGGUCGUGUCACGGUGAAGAAUGUUGCGCCGAAUGCACAGGGCGAGCACUCGAUCGUCAAAGUAAAGGCGCGUCUGAAUCUGCAUGGCGUUCUGAAUGUGGAAAGUGCUUACACUGUCGAUGAAAUUGAGAAGGAAGAGGAAGUGCCUGUGGUCGACCCAGCAGCCCCUGAAGGCACUGAGCCAAAGACUGAGAAGCGCAUGGUGAAGAAGCUGCAGCGCAAAGAUGACCUGCCGAUCGUCUCUGGUAUUGGUCUUCUUGACCAGAGCAUGAUCGCAGACUUGAAGGAGCAGGAGGGCAAGAUGUAUGCUGCAGACAAGCUCGUGGCUGACACGGAGGACCGCAAGAACGCUUUGGAGGAGUUUGUUUACGACACACGUUCUAAGCUAGACGAACGGUACUCUCAGUUCGUCCAGCCCCAGGAAAAGGAGCAGCUUUUCUCGAUGCUUGGCGAGUCUGAGGACUGGCUAUACACCGAAGAGGGCGAGGAUGCUUCAAAGUCUGCGUAUGUGUCGCGUCUUGAAACAUUGCAGAAGGCUGCUGCUCCUGUGCACUUCCGCUGGAAGGAACACGAUGAGCGUCCUCGUGCUGCGGCGCAAUUACGUGAAGUGGUAAACAAGUACAUGUCUGUGUUUGAGAAUGAACCCGAGAAGUACGACCACUUGUCUGAUGAUGACAAGAUGAAAGUCAUUGAGAAAGCUGCCACUGUCGGCAAGUGGCUUGAUGACUAUAUGUACAAGCAAAGCGAACUGCCUAAGAAUGUGGAGCCGAAGUUGACGUCGGAUGAAAUCUUGAGGAAGAAAGACGAUGUUAUUUAUGUCUGCACGCCGAUCCUCACGAAGCCCAAGCCUCGUGUGCCGGUGGACACACCGAAGCCUGAAGGCAAUCGCGAAGGGGCUCCGCAGUCUGAGCAGCAGCAGCAGCAGAGUAAUGAGAACCAGAAGCAGGGUGAGAUGGACGUCGACUAA